GGUUGAUUUCUAUCUUUCUUUCUUUCCUUAAAUCCUACUGAUCUGGCAACCCGGACCAUACCGGUGCAAGUAAACAAUACAGGAGUAUAGUAAGCGCAGAAAAAAUCUGGCGAGUUUUAGCAGCACAGUAAGCGUUAGCUAUCUAUGCGGAUGCCUAGUUCACUCGGGUAAACAGAAGGGUGGAUUAAGCAGGACUUGCUGUUUCACAUGCCGGUGGAAAUGAAAGGGUCACUGCUUCCAAUAUAUUUGUGCGCUAGCGGGAUGCUUGCCUCCUCCUCUCAGCAACAGAAAAGUCCGGACCCUGAUUGCAAUGUUCCUGUAAUUGAAGAAGGGGUAGUGGCUACUGCUGAGGAUCCUUCAGCAAUUACAACUAUUCAGUCAGCUGCCACGUUUUCCUCCGAGCAGCCCAUAAAAUACCUGUUCAAGACAGAGGGAGCUGGGGGGCAGGUAGGGGAACUGUACCCUCCCAUCGGUCAGGUGACAUAUAGGGUAAUUCAGGUGGGAGAUGGACAGUUGGAGGCUCAAACAGAUGGCACCACAGCUGUUAGUGUUGUUGCUGGGUUUCCUGCUACAACCCAGCCUGUUACACAGGCUGUGUUCUCUCAGUCUGAAGCCUUAGAGGGAGAUGGGACAGAAACCCAUUACACCUAUUACCCUGCCACUAUUUCGGAUGCUACAACAGGCACUAUGGUCACUGGUGUGCAGGCCUCUGACACAAUCCUCAGCCAGGGCACACCUACAGGUCAGUUAUAUGUGAUGAUGUCACCCCAGGAGGUUCUGACAGGAGCAACCCAGAGAUCUAUUGCACCUCGCACACAAACUUGCAACACUAAGUCAGAGGCACCAAGGACAUCUAGAGAUGAGAAACGGCGAGCACAACACAACGAAGUUGAACGAAGGCGCAGAGAUAAGAUUAACAACUGGAUUGUUCAGCUUUCCAAGACCAUUCCAGACUGCACGUUGGACGCCACCAAGACAGGACAGAGUAAAGGAGGGAUCCUCUCAAAGGCCUGUGAUUACAUUCAGGAGCUGCGACAAAGUAAUAAUCGAUUAGCAGAGGAGCUCAACACACUGGAGAGGCUGAGGAUGGACAACCAGCUUUUACGGCAAGAAGUGGAGGACUGGAAAUCAAAAAAUCAGAUUUUGAGGAGCCAACUCAGACAGCAUGGUAUUGUAGCAGCAGCAAGUGCAGAGCCACAAUGAAGAGUGGUUGUUUAAAUGCUGGUUGUGACCCACUGUGGAAGGUUCAUUAUGAGUGCUAAAUCCAGACACUAAAAAUAAGUUUCCAGGCAUAAAACUGGUUUUGAGGUCACAGAAACAAUCAUGGACAAUGCUUAAUGCAGGAUUUCUCAGUCAGUUACGUACAUUUACUUUUAAUAUGUCUUACUUUAUCAUGUAUAUAUUUGUUUUGUACAACACGUUUUUUACUUGAUCUAACGAUGCAUUUCUAUCAUGUUCUGGUAAAAGUGGGGCAGAAGCAUGAAAACCUUUCUUGUACAUCGCUCUGAAACAAUUCUGAUGGCAAAAAUUAAUCUAGCAUGUUUCAUAUUUUUUCAGUGCAAUUACUAAGACAACAAAAUAAUGGUAUUUUUUCUGGUUAUGUGUAAGAUACAGCUCACUAUACACAUGUAUUUGAAAUAAAUACUUUGCAACAUAAAUGUUUGCAUCUGCCAGUCUGUGAAUUUGAAGCACUUUUCCUCUUUGACUCAAAAGUCUAAUGCACUCAUAUGUCAAGUUUUAUUAAUCUGGGAAAUUAUAGCAAAUGUGUGCUAUAAUGUUUGAAAUCGCGUUCGUAUAAUUACGUCAUUACGCUUGUGAUGUUUGCAUAUUAACAAGCUUUUUUGAUGGUAAAGCCAUCUUAGAAACAUUGGUAAUACUAAGCUCAUGCAAUACUUGUUUGACCUAAAUCAUCAAUAGAAAGCUUGCAUUACAAUACAUUGCAUUCUGUUAGUAUUGUCUGCAAUAAAAGAUUUAUGUGCCAUAAAAGUUUUACUUAGCAUAAGUUUUGUCACAUAUUUUUUAUCAUCCAAAAGAAACAAUGGAUAUACUCACCUAAAGUAAUAUAAAAUCUAGUCAGAAUUCUCCAUGUCACUUUUGUGACACUGUUUUAUACAUUACCAAUCGCCUAUUUCCAUUUCAAGGAUUUAUUUUAGAUAGGUGUGAGGUGUCUGUUCUGUGUAUCUCUUAACUGUAAAAGCAGAUCAGUCACCAAAUACAGGUGCAUCUCCAAAAUAUUUUAUAUUGUGGAAAAGUUUGUUUUCUCCCCAUAAUUUAAUUCAAAAAGUGUGACUUUGAUAUAUUGUAGAUUCAUUACACACAAUGUGAAAUAUUUCAAGCCUUUUUUGUUUUUGUCAUGAUUUCCCCUCGCACAAAGCGCUGGAGCACACAGCGUGCUCUGAAACUUAUGAUUUCUAUUCUGUCUCCGCCCCUGUAUUGUCAUUGGUUGUUUCCCUUAUGUGUCAUCAUUGUAUUCAGCUGUUUUUUUGUGUUUCAUCCCUGAUUACGUUUGUGAUUUAAACCCCUCGUGUGUCAUUGUUUGUUGCGAAGUAUUGUGUGUAAAUUCUGGCUCAGUACCAAACCUUUGUUCCUCGUUUCCGUGCAUAGUUUUGAUCCUGUUCUCGUCCUCAUUAUUCGAUUCUGUUUUGCCUAGUUUAUGCCCGUUUGCCAGUCGCCUGAUCUGUUGCCUGUUUAUUACCACGGCUUUGCCUUUCAAUAUGGAUUUGUCUGCCUAUUUCUAAUAAAGCUCUUAUCUGCACUUGCA